AUGGAACUGAAUGUUAUUACUACUUCGAAAAUACGGCGGCGAUAUGCCGAUGAUUCUAUUAUCGUUUAUUUGGAUAUACUAAUAGAUGAAGUCAAUUUAGCUCAAAUUUCUCACUUUGGUUUUUCAAUUAAGUCGUUCACAGAUCAACAUGAAUGUAUUGACUUCAUCGCUCAUCUGCAGGAUCAAAAGGUUUUCUGUUUCAUAGUUGACCAACUAGUUGAGAACAAUAUUCUCUUUCUGAACCAGUGCCCAUUAGUCGCUUCUAUCUAUGUUAUUUGUACAGAUGAACAAUCCCACGAGCACUGGACCAAAGAUUACCGAAAAAUAAGAGGUGUAUCUGGUGAUUUAUUACUAUUAACUGAAGCUCUAAAGCGAGAUCUUCAAUUGGCCUAUCGAAAUGCCACUCCAAUCACCAUACUUGCUCCUGUUACGUCAUCGGAACCGAUCAAUACUCUAAAUGUUAUGUUUAUGUAUUGUGAACUUUUGAAAGAAACCUUCCUUGAAAUGAAUUACGGUGAACAGGCUAAAUGUGCACUCGUCGACUAUUGCAAAUGUAAGUACGCGAACAAUGAGGUCACCUUGCGCGUGAUCGAUGAGUUCGACCGAGAUUAUGCCAAAUAUUCGCCUACUUGGUGGUAUACUCGAGAUAGCUUCGUCUAUCGUAUGCUCAACAAAGCUCUGCGAGAUCAUGAUCUUGAGCUCAUCAACAAAUUUGGCUUUUUUAUCAAAGAUCUACAUCAUCAACUGAAAAAUCUUCACCGGACUUUAUCAUCUGGAAAGUUUACUGUCUAUCGAGGACAGAGGUGA